AUGAAAGCGGUUGUAAUUCGUCUAUUUCUAAUAUUUUUCCUUGCAAGAGAAAUAUAUUCACAAACAAAUUAUUGCAGUUCAUCACUUUGUAGAGGAAAAAAACAUAUUGCAUGUGGAAAUAAUGGUGCUUUUAGUUCAGCAUGUGGAAGUAAUGUGAAAAUAAUGCCAAUAUCAAGAAACCUCCGUAACGCUAUAGUUAAAAAACAUAAUCAGUUACGGAAUCAGGUUGCCGGUGGUAGUAUAUCGGGAUAUCGAGCUGCCACACGUAUGGCGACAGUGCGUUGGAAUAAUGAAUUAGCUAAAUUAGCUGUGUUAAAUGUAAAGCAGUGCGUGAUGAAACAUGACCAGUGUCGAAGCACCAAUAGUUUUAAAUAUGCCGGACAGAAUUUGGCAAAUUCAGCUUGGUAUGGUACUACUAAAACGGUGCGAUCUCUUGCAAUGCAACACAUACAGAUGUGGUUCGAUGAAUAUAAAGAUGCUUCUAUGAGUUAUAUUAAUAGCUAUUCAAAUCCAACAAAUGGUAAAAAGAUUGGACAUUUCACACAAAUGGUUCAAGAGAAAGCUACACAUUUGGGCUGUGGUAUUUUACGCCAACAAAAAGGAAGAUUUAGUUAUCAAUUCAUUGCUUGCAAUUAUGCAUACACUAAUGUACUGGAUCAGGCCGUUUAUAAUAGUGGGACUGUAGCAUCAAGCUGCACCACAGGACGCAAUAAAAAUUAUAAGAAUUUAUGCUCCACCGCUGAAUCAUAUGAUGUCAACACAUUAUCAGACGCAUAAGUGCAAUCAAUGUGUAUAUGAUUUAUAUACAAACCAUACUUACAUGCAUACAUUAAUAAAAUGUGAAC